AUGGUGCUCAUAUCACCAUCUGAAGAAGGCAAUGUGACAGUUGUGGUCCGAGUGCGCCCACAGAUUUCACGGGAGCAAGAAGGAAACCGCCAAAGCACAGUGCAGGUGCUGAGUGACAACAUGCUGGUGUUUGACCCUGAAAAAUCAAGCCUGCUGGGCUUCCAAAUUCACGAGUCUGUCUCCCAGAAGAAAGGCAAGAAUAUGAAGUUUAUUUUUGACCGGGUUUUUGGAGAAAUGGCUACCCAAGCAGAAGUCUUUGAGAAUACAACUAAAGAGAUCCUGAAUGGUGUGCUGAGUGGCUACAAUUGCUCUGUAUUUGCAUAUGGUGCAACAGGAGCUGGUAAAACAUAUACCAUGCUGGGAUCAGAAAAGGAACCUGGUAUCAUGUACCUCACUAUGAAGGAGCUGUAUAAGAAAAUAGAGGUUAAAAAGGAAGAGAAACUCUGUGAGGUGUUCAUCUCCUAUCAAGAGGUAUAUAAUGAGCAGAUUUAUGACCUUUUGGAACCAAAGGGUCCACUAGCUAUCCGGGAAGAUCCAGAGAAAGGUAUCUUGGUGCAAGGUCUUUCAGUUCAUAAGCCAAAAUCUGCUAUGCAGGUUCUAGAGAUGCUAAAGCAAGGAAAUCUGAACCGUACACAGCACCCCACAGACAUGAAUGCCACUUCUUCACGAUCUCAUGCAAUUUUUCGGAUCUGUGUGAAGCAGCAAAAUCUUGUGGCGGGCAUAGAUCAGGAUCAGCUAGUGGCAAAGAUGAGCCUGGUUGAUUUGGCUGGCUCUGAACGUGCCUCUGCUGCCAAUACCAAAGGAGAACGACUCCGUGAGGGUGCCAACAUCAACCGAUCCCUACUGGCUCUCAUUAAUGUUAUUAAUGGGCUGGCAGAUGCCAAGAGUAAAAAAGCCCACAUUCCAUAUCGGGACAGCAAGCUAACGCACCUCCUAAAAGAUUCUGUUGGUGGAAACUGUUGGACAAUCAUGAUUGCAGCUAUUAGCCCUUCCAUACUUUCCUAUGAGGACACAUACAACACACUCAAGUAUGCAAACCGGGCUAAAGAAAUCAAACUUUUAAUAAAACCUAAUGUGGUGAGACUAAACCACUCUAGCAGCAAAUAUGCAGCUAUUUGUGAGCAACUAAAGAUAGAGGUGGCAGACUUAAGAGGGAGGCUCCGAGCUUAUGAAGAAAAAAUGCCAGAGCUUACGUUCUUCCCUGCUUUGGCUCCUUGUACUUCUGAGCAGAUGGAGCUCUUCAGGUCAGAAGAAAUUACUUUGGAUAAUGUAGUGUUGCAAAAAGAUGAUUCCACAGAAAUGGGACCCUCCCAACUUUUGAAACAAAAUUGCUCAAGAAAAAGCCACACGAAGGAGGAUUCAGAAAGAAAAUUUGAGUGCUGCUGCCCAAAGUUUUCAAAUCCAAUUAAACAUCAGGAAAAAGUGGAAACUCAGUUGCAGAGCAUGGACAAGGAACAAUUGAAGAGGCUUGUAAUAGCUGCUCUGCUGGUAGCCAAAAGACAGUACAGUUGGUUGAAAGUCACCAACUUACUUACUCCUGAAAUGAUAGCACAGUUUGAAGAGCUGACUUCCAUACUUCAUCAAGAGUCCCAUGGAGCCCUGAACAUUUCAGUUUUGGAUGGACAUGAUGAAGAACCGGAUGUGCAACAAUUUAUAAAUCGCAAUGAUUCUUUGGGUAAAGUUCAGAGAAGGGUAAAUGUUGAAAGUGCAGACCAAUUCAUGCCAACAAUGUUUGUUAUUGUUUGUUUCUUUAUCAUAGCUGUCCUCCCUGCCUCUCUUACUGCAACCAAGCAUGCCAGUCCUAAGGUCAAUCCUGGAAUACAACCUGCUGAACCAGAAGCUGAGCUGUUUCCACAUGCUGUCUUGAAGACCCCUCACCACUCAACAAAGAAGAGGAAGGCAUCACAGUCUGAAAGAAGCAUUUCAUCUAGCCAAAGGGAGUGUGCAAAGCGCUGUCGGAAGGCUUGCCUCUCAUCCCAGAAAGUGGAUUCUCUGAAGGAAUGGUCUGAUUUUGCCCCAGUAGACUGUACCAGCACUCCUCUUGGAGUGAAAGCAAAAUCUCCCAGACCAGUUGACCAUCAUACUCCAUUAUAUUGCCCAUCAACAGUUACUAAGAGUCGCAUGCCCCUAGCUCCCCCAACCAUUCAGAAUUGCUCUCCUCCACAAAACUUGAACAUAACUUUUGACCGCUUUGAGGAAUCCUGCCCCCCAGCCUUGAAGGUCAAUACUGUGGAAUGCCCUGCUUGGGAAAGUGUCCAGCAUGUCUCCAAUCAUCAGAGUGUGCCUUUUAUACCCAGGGCCUCCAUGCCUGUGUUUAUUAUGAAAGGCUCCUCUAUCCCAAGAGCAACAUCUCUGGCUUCCAAAGCAUCAUUACAGAAGAGGAGACAUACCACAAUUUCUACUUCUCACUUGAGAAGCAGCCGCAUUGGUAGGCUCCAGGGUUGUUCUGUAAAGUCUUCACAGAUUGUGAAUGCACCAGGACGUCCAUCUGGCAUCCCUGCAUGGAAAUGGCGCUAGAGAUCUGUUCAUUCCUAGGAAUCAGCAUUCUAUUGUAGGCUCAUUCCAUGAAGCUUCUUUAUAGCUUCUACUUGAACAUUUUAACAUUCUGACAACAUAUGUCUUCACCUUCCUCUAUUCUUAUAUAACUAUAUCUGUAUAUCCAUAUCUACCAUGUUAAUAGCAGGUGUACAUUGAAUUAACAGAUGACAGCUCAGUAGCCAUAAAUUAUUAGGAAACAACAGCAACCUAAACUGUACAACAGCUUCCAUUGUAGUUAUAAUAUUAUAAUUAUAAUAUGGUGCUCAUCAUGUAUCUGUUGGGUAAAAAGUUUUCAAAACUAGCUCGUUCUGGACCAAAAUUAAUGAUUUUGUACCAAAGUGAAUGAAUUUUUAUUUAGUCAGCUUCUUUGGCUAGUUUUUGUUAGUAAUAAUAAAAGCUAGUUCCUCCUCCUUGGCACACUGAGGAUAAGCGUGUAAAAGUGUGAACUGAACAAACUAAGCUGCCAAGAUAGUCUGUAACAUUGUACUGUGGAUAUCCCUGACA